AGAGAGAGAGAGAGAGAGAGAGAGAGAGGUAGACAGAGAGCUAUAGGUGCGGUAAAAGGAAUUGGUUGGUUCUCUAGGGGCCCCUGGACCAGAGGAUACCCCUGCCUUCAGCUUGUCAUCAGGUGUCAGAAAAGAAGAGAGGGGCAUAUUUCCAAAUCUUCACAGAAGAGAGCACCACAGCGAGCUGCAACCGCCAUGCCAAUUAGACCCCAUUGGCUGCUCAGGGCCCUGUUCCUGUUGGGUCUCAUGUGCACCCUGCCCCACACAUCAGCAGAGGACGCCCCUGCCUCAGCAGUAGAGAAGGGAGUGACCUUCAGCCACAUCUACAAGAUCGACCUUCCACAAGGCUCUGACUGCAAGCCUGCUGUAGAGGCCCUCCCUUCCCAGGACCAGGCGGCCGGGGCCCUGGAGGGCUCCACCGGCGAGGGGGAGAACGACAUUGUGUUCAGGCACAACAUACGCCUGCAGACGCCCAAAUGCGACUGCGAGGAGUCGGAGAGCUUCAAGUCCUUGCUGUACAGGGUUAAUGGGCUGGAGGAGGAGGUGGGCUUCCUGAAGACCCAGUGCUCCCAGGGCUGCUGUGGCAAGGCCGGAGCUGCAGGUGUGGACACAAGCUGCAGCGGUCACGGGACGUACCAGCACGACACGUGUAGCUGUCAGUGUAACCCCGGCUGGAAGGGGCCCGACUGCUCCGUCUCGUCCUGCCCGGACGAGUGCAACGACAACGGCCGCUGCGUGGACGGGAAGUGCGUGUGCCACGCCGGCUACACGGGCCACGACUGCAGCCAGCUGCUGUGCCCGGGCAACUGCAACGACAAGGGCCACUGCGUGGACGGGAAGUGCGUGUGUUUCAGCCACUUCACCGGUGACGACUGCGGCGUCCAGCGCUGCCCCAACGACUGCGUCGGAAACGGACGGUGCGUGGAUGGACAGUGUGUCUGCGACGAGGGCUUCUUUGGGGAUGACUGUUCUCAAGUUCUCGGUCCUAAGGGCCUCCGCCUGGUGCGGCUGACAGACGUGUCCCUGCUGGUGGAGUGGGAGGCAGUGAGGGGAGCGGAGCACUAUGUGUUGACCUAUCACCCAGAGGGCGACGAAGGUGCCACGGUGACGAUUCAGGUGGCAAACACGGAGACCUCCUACCUGAUCACUGGCCUGUCGCCGGGGGUUACCUACAUCGUAGACGUGUACGCCGUCAUCAAGGAGAUCCAGAGUGAGGCGGACAGGAUACGGGCCACCACAGAGGUGUCUGGGGUGGAUGGUAUCCGGGUGCUGGGCCAGACAGAAGACUCUAUCGAGGUGGAUUGGAAGAACCCUGCGGCCGAUCUGGCCCACUUCAGGCUGACCCACUCCGACCAAGAUGGACAGGAGAAGGAGCAGAACGUCAUGAAGAGCCAGGAGGCUCGGACCAAACACACCAUCAUAGGUCUGCAGCCUGGAACCGAGUACCUGAUCACAGUCAAGGCCGUCAAAGGCACCUCUGAGGGCAAAGCCUCCAGCGUGACUGGUGUAACUGACAUGGACGCCCCCCCAAACCUGGUCACCAGGGAGGUGACGGAGGACACAGCCAGCGUGUCGUGGGACAGAGUCCAGGCCGACAUCGACAGCUACGUGCUGAGCUACAGCUCUGCUGAGGGCUCCAGUGGCGAGAUCCCAGUGGGGGCGGACAGCACCUCCUACAGGCUGACCGGCCUCAGGCCUGGAGCCCUCUACACGGUCUUCCUGUGGGCCGUGAAGGGCUCCCGCUCCAGCAGGAAGACCUCCACACAGGCAGAGACAGACCUGGACGCUCCUACUAACCUCUUGACCAGGGAGGUGACGGAGGACACAGCCAGCGUGUCGUGGGACAGAGUCCAGGCCGACAUCGACAGCUACAUGCUGAGCUACAGCUCUGCUGAGGGCUCCAGUGGCGAGAUCCCAGUGGGGGCGGACAGCACCUCCUACAGGCUGACCGGCCUCAGGCCUGGAGCCCUCUACACGGUCUUCCUGUGGGCCGUGAAGGGCUCCCGCUCCAGCAGGAAGACCUCCACACAGGCAGAGACAGAGAUUGAUGCUCCCAAGAAUCUGAAGGCUGAGGGAGUCCAGCUGAAUGCUGCCACCCUGACCUGGCUGGCCCCCCUGGCCGACAUCGAGGGCUACAUCCUCACCUACCGGUCGGAGGACGGCACCCUGGAGACUGUGGAGAGGCGUUUGAAGGCCAGCGACAGCAGCUUCGCCCUCGCAGACCUGCAGAUGAGCAAGAGCUACACCGUCACCCUGAUCGCAUACAGAGGAGCCAGGCGCAGCCGAGUGGUGGAGACCAUCUUCAAAACAGUGGGCCUGAUGUACCCCUUCCCCAUGGACUGCAGCCAGCUCAUGAAGAACGGGAACAUGAAGAGUGGCAUCUACACCAUCUACGUCAACAGCGACCAGUCCAAAGCCAUGGAGGUCUUCUGUGACAUGGAUACUGAUGGAGGAGGCUGGUUGGUGUUGCAGAGACGUAAUUCAGGGAAGUUGGACUUUAAGAGGGGCUGGAGACAGUACGUGCCAGGCUUCGGAAACAUGACGGAUGAGUUCUGGCUGGGUCUUGAAAAGAUCUAUCAGUUGACCAAUACGCCUACACAGUAUGCGCUGAGGGUGGACCUGGGGCUGGGCUCAGAGAGGGCCUAUGCCGUCUACGACAACUUCAAGAUUGCUACGGCCAGGCAGAAGUUCAAACUGACCAUCGGCAAAUAUAGUGGAACAGCAGGCGAUGCUAUGAACUACCACCAGGGUCGUCCCUUCUCCACAGUGGACUCGGACAAUGACAUUGCCCUUAGCAACUGUGCACUUGCCCACCACGGAGCCUGGUGGUACAAGAACUGCCACCUCGCCAACCUCAAUGGCAGAAUGGGCGACAACACCCACAGCAAUGGGGUCAACUGGGAGCCGUGGAAGGGCCACCUCCAGUCUCUGGACUUCACUGAGAUGAAGAUUAGACCCGCUGGAGCAUCCAGGUAGAAGGUGUCGCUCCCACCCAGAGAGAAGAGCAGGGUGACCCAGGGUAAAGAAACCAAACGACGUCGACCCAGUACCACUACUAGACCCACUGAUGGAUAGACCCUUACUGGUCAAUGGAAGUCAAAGUUAAUGAUAAUUCUAGUUUUUAUUAGACAUUUGUUUUACCUAGUGUGUGUGAGGAUUGAAGUGUGUGAGGAUUGAAGUUAGCGAAUGAAAUGACAAACCUCAUUGAGUACUGUGAGUCAUUUCAUUUCCUGAAUUUUAAUUAACUUUCAAGCAUUCAAAUAUAUAGUUUUUCAUUUGUAUUAUAUUCAUAAUUGAAUCCAGAUCCUUGUGUAAACCUCAUUUUUCAAACCUGGAUGAAGUGGAAUCCUGUUAGAAACUUUAUACACAGUAGAACAUACCCUAUUACAUAAAGCCCAAAACACUUUGAAUAGGAUAUGUUGUAUUAUAAUUGUUUAUUACAUAUAUGGAACACGUGAAGGGCAACUUUCACCAUAUAGUCUAUAUCACAGGCAAAGGAAUUUCCACACCUAACGGGGUUGAAUGUGUGUUAUUUGGGAGUUGUCGGUAAGCUUGCCUUACAGGUGUGUAUGAUUAGUUUGUAAAUCACUUCUGUCCUAUAUAAUUAUGUUUGCAGGCUGGUUCCACAGCGCAUGACUAUCUUUACACUCCAAACAGCACCAGGUGCUGGUAUGCUAGGCAGAUAGAAACUCCUUUCACAGCUUAUUUUAAUUUAGAUAUCCAUUUUCAGAUGACAUACUUAGGAAAUGAAAAAAUAAAUAAAUCAUCUAUACAUUUUUAUGUCCUCUGCUUGUAUUGUAUUUUCAAACAAGUAUUGUAGUUGUUGUAUUAUAUUCAUACCACAGAUUCAGAUCAAAAUAAAGUCGAUGGACAUGA